GUAACUUUACGGGGUCGCAGCUAGUAGGAGGGCUUUAUGGAGCAGAAAAACGACAAAGCGAGAAAAAUUAUUUUCCACUCCAGAAAUUAAUGAUCAUGAGCUCUUAUUUGAUGGACUCUAACUACAUCGAUCCGAAAUUUCCUCCAUGCGAGGAAUAUUCGCAAAAUAAUUACAUCCCAGACCACAGUCCGGAAUAUUAUAGCCGGACCAGGGAGUCCAGCUACCAGCAUCACCACCCGGAGCUGUACCCCGUGCCACGACCCUCCUUCCCCGACCGCCCGUUCAGCUGCGGGGGGCUCCCGGCUCCCGGCAACCCGGCCGCGCUCCAAAGGGGACACGGGCAAACUCCAGGAGGCCAACACCUCUCAGAGAAAGCACAGCAGCUCUGCGAGCAGGCUGCUCUAUCCACCUCCUCCACCACUCCUUCCCCAGCCCCUCCAGCCUGCAACCAGCCAAACCCCGACCAUCCCACCAGCACAGCUUCCAAACAGCCCAUAGUCUAUCCCUGGAUGAAAAAAAUCCACGUCAGUACUG